CUUCACCGGUUGUUGAAGGAUUCUGCAGCGUACCGCUACCGAUAGUUCUCAGUGAUUACUUGCUACUUGCAUUCUUUUAUUAUAUUUUUUCUUAAGAAGCAAUGGCUUUCAAGGUUGAUUAUAGCUACUUCAUCAGUGCUCAUUCCUCAAGAAGACGCCCUUCCUUAACCAGAGAAUUGACAAAGCAACAAUACAAUGCCCCCAAAGAAUCAAUCUCCCUGGCAGAGGGCAUGCCCAACGAGGUUACCUUUCCCUUCGAGCAAAUCAACGUGUUGCUAAAGGACGGGUCCCAGUUCACUCUACAAGGUCCUGAACUACAUUCUGCCCUCCAGUACAUUCCUACCCAAGGGUACCCACCACUUGUGCAGACCUUGAAAGAUUUUACCUACCAGGUGCACCAACCACCCCAUUGGGAAAACCGCGAGGUUAUCGUCACCAACGGCUCCCAGGAUGGUAUCAGCAAGUCCUUAGAAAUGAUAGUCGAGGAAGGGGAUGACGUUUUGAUUCAAAAUCCCCUGUACGCUGGUACGGAGAUUAUUGUGAAACCGUUUAAGGUCAAUGUAAUCGGCAUUGAACAAGAUCAAUAUGGCAUUAUCCCUAAGAAGCUUGUCGAAGCCCUCGAAAACUGCAAGGCUAAAUAUACCGAGGAAGGUGGGGGGAAGAGAAGAAUGCCUAAAGUAUUAUAUUUAAAUCCAACAGGAUCAAAUCCGACUGGCGCUACUAUGACACUGGAACGAAGAAAAGAAGUUUAUCAAAUAUGUUGCAAAUACAAUAUAAUCAUACUCGAGGACGAUGCCUAUUUCUUCGUACAUUUUCUAGAAGAGCAACCCCUUUCGUUUUUGUCUUUAGACACUGAAGGAAGAGUGAUUAGAUUUGAUUCGAUGUCAAAGGUAUUAAGUUCUGGCCUACGAGUGGGAUGGUUAACUGGACCAAGCGCUCUUGUAAAGAAUAUUGAACUACACGUACAAAGUUCUUUUCUACAUUCAAGUACUCUCUCACAGGUCUUGGUGCAAAAUGUAUUUCAAGUAUGGGGCUUCGAGGGUCUUCUGUCACAGUUUGAAUCUGUCCGUGCGUACUACAGAGCUCGUUGCGACUUCACCCUUGCCUCCAUGGAAAGACACCUUAAAGGGCUCUGCGAAUGGGCCAUCCCUUCAGGCGGCAUGUUCGUUUGGAUCAAGGUACGAGGCGUCUCCGACGUCUACGAGAUGCUCAUGACUAGAGGACCCAAGAAGAACAUCACCUUCGUACCCGGCCACGCUUUCAUGGCCGAUUCCACAGAGGCUUGUAACUACAUUCGCGCCUCCUUCAGCAAAGCUACCCUCAAGCAAAUCGACAAGGCCAUGAGGUUGUUGGCGGAAUUGAUAAGGGAGGAACAGUUGUUGUUGCGUAGGAAACUGGACAGUUUAGAGAAUAAUAUCCUCAGAUAGAUAUCUCCGAACGGGUAGUAAUUAAGAAUUAUUAUUGAUGUUAUAAUCAAUAUUACGCGUACCCUGAAGGGAUGCGUUUUGUACAUAGAUACAGAGAAAGGUUUCUGUUUUAUCGACGUAGUUUAUCCUUUUACGUAAAGAGGGCGACAGUUGUAUUGAGGAAGCGUAGAAUAUAUGAGAUUUUCUUAUUUUGAUGGAGAAAUAUUGCAGGAGUUUUCUGAAUAUUUGUUUCUAAUAAGAAAACUUCCUAUUGGACACAUCAUACCGCAUAUUAGAUUAAUUGUUUUUUACUUUAUGAAUUUUGUCCGUCAUUAAUAGUUGUGUAGUUACCUAUUUGAGGGGUUAUAGAAUAAAUACAGAAAAUAUUUUUA